UUCUAAACAAAGAAAACAAAAACCAAAGCCAGUUCAACCAUCCCUUUUUGUUUAUUCUCCAUUUUCAUCCCCAUCUCUCUGCAAAAACACAAUUCUAAAACGAAAGACUUUUUCAUUAUGACUUCAGAAAACAGAAUACAUUUGACCAGAAACCACUCCAUACCUCCAUCGGAGUUGAUUUUCUCUCCCACUGGAACACCCUCUACAAUUUACAGAGAGAGUGAGAGAGAGAAGAAAUAGAAUGAAUCCAUCAUUUUGUUCAGUUUUCUUCCUAUUCAUAAUAAACAUAACCAUUUGACGACAUUGCUAAAACAGAGGACCCCUGUUCGAUAUCAAUGCAAUUCCAGAUCCGAAUUCCAAAAUUUCUCAUCGGCAUCAUUUCGAUACAUUUAGCUUUCUCAAUGUUUGUUUCUCCUUCAUUCUCUAGCUCUCGUACCUCCGAAAGUUUUUUCAAAUGCGGAACCAAAAUGCUGCCCACAGACAGCUACUUCAUCUCCAAUUUUGUUAAGGUCAUGGAAUUUCUCUCCGGAGAAGUUAAAAAGCAAGGACAUGCAGACUUUUACAUCAACAACCCACCUCCCAAUAUCUACGGCUUAGCCCAAUGUCACGAAGACCUUUCCUCAACUGAUUGCGAAUUGUGUUUUGCUGCAGCCAGAACAAAAGUCCCUCGUUGCCUCCCUUCUGAGUCUGCUCGUAUCUUCCUUGAUGGAUGCUUUCUUCGCUAUGAUGAUUAUGAUUUCUUUAAGGAAACCAUUGACCCUGUUUAUGAUACCGUCAACUGUAGCUCCCCUACCGGUCUCUUAGCCGAUGACUCAUUGCACAAACAAUUUGAAGCUAAGCUUGGUGAACUGAUCACCAAUGUGACUCGUCAGGCUAAGUCAAAUGAAGGAUUUGCCGUUGCGGAAGGGAAAGGAGGAGUUGUUUCUGUGUAUGCCUUGGCACAGUGUUGGGCGACGGUGAGUGAUGAAGGUUGUGGCCAGUGCUUGGACAAGGCAGGGCAAGAGUUGAGAAACUGUAGCCCUGGCUCCGAUGGCAGGGCUAUGUAUACUGGUUGUUAUAUGAGGUAUUCUGUUGAGAGAUUCUUCAAUACUGAACCCGAACCAGAAGACAGUGAGGAAUAUUCCAAGAUGACAAUAGCAAUCACUAUAGGAGCAAUAUCAUUUGCUAUUCUUUCUUGUUUUGGUUGUUUCAUGGGAUAUAAGAGAUUAUCAAGGAAGAGAGAAGAACAAUAUUUUCUUCCUACUGCGAACGUGUGUGGUUUAAAUUUUAAGUAUGAAACGCUUGAGAAGGCAACCGAUUGUUUUGAAGACUCAAGGAAAUUAGGCCAGGGAGGUGCUGGCUCUGUAUUCAGAGGGACUCUUCCUGAUGGUAGAAAUGUUGCUGUUAAAAGAUUGUUCUUCAAUACACGGGAAUGGGUGGAUCAGUUCUUCAAUGAAGUGAAUUUGAUUAGUGGAAUUGAACACAAGAACCUUGUAAAGCUACUGGGUUGCAGUAUCGAAGGCCCGGAGAGUCUUUUAGUUUAUGAAUAUGUACCUAACAGGAGCCUUGAUCAAAUUCUUUUUGUUAAAAAUACAAUCCAUAUUUUGAGCUGGCAGCAAAGGUUUACAAUCAUCUGCGGAACGGCUGAGGGGCUUGCAUACCUUCAUGGAGGUACUGGAACAAAAAUUAUCCACAGAGACAUCAAAGCCAGCAACAUUCUCCUCGAUGAAAAGCUCACUCCAAAGAUUGCCGAUUUCGGACUAGCCCGAUGUGUUAGCCCUGAUAGAUCCCAUGUUAGUACUGGAAUUGCAGGAACACUGGGAUAUAUGGCUCCUGAAUAUCUUGUUCGUGGACAACUAACAGAGAAGGCAGAUGUUUAUGGUUUCGGGGUGCUAGUAAUUGAGAUUGCGAGUGGUCGAAAGAACAGUGUUUUUUCAGAAGGGUCAGCUUCUGUAUUGCAUACUGUUUGGAGGCAUUACAAGGAACAGAAAAUAACUCACUCUGUUGACGCUGGGUUAGCAGGUAGAUUUCCAGAGAAAGAGGCCUCAAAUGUGCUUCAAAUUGGGCUACUAUGCACGCAAGCUUCUUGGGCACUAAGACCAUCAAUGUCUCAGGUAGUCGAGAUGUUAAACAAUAAAGAUUAUGAAAUUCCCUCGCCAAAGCAACCUCCAUUUUUGAAUGCGAGUGUGAUAACUGGAGAUGAAUAUUCCUGCAAAGAUUCCAUUGUCAGCUCCCAGAAGUCGUUGUUCUUUACAUCUCUAAACGAAUCUUCACCCGUUAGAAUUAGAACUACUACUGAACCAAGCUAGCCUCCACUCAUAUUCUCCAUAAAUUUUCGAGAAACAUUUUGGUUUAGAUUCAGGAAGUGCAGGUCAACAGAUGGCUCUUCAUUCGCCGGUGCAUGAUUGAAUCAGUUAAAGAUGAUCCCAGAAGGCACCACCAGCGGCAUCGCUGUCAUUAAAAGUGGAUCUUCUUGAGGAAUUUAAUGUAGAUUACAAUGAGGUAAUGGGAGGAAUUUUGUUACAUAAAUUAAAAGGAAAUUUCUAAUGUAGAGGCUUGUGUAUAUACAAUUUUUCCAUCUGAGGUAGACGGAGGAUUUUAUUUAGUUUAGGUGACUUUUUCCCCAUUAUUUACAGAUUCAUUGACAUUAAUUUUAACAGAUGUUUAUAACUGUUGUUACAAAGAGA